CGUCUGCCGUGUACGCUGUAUAGAAUGUAGCACAGAAUAGAUUAAUUUACUUAUUAAUUAAUCUAGAUUAAUCCAUUAUGUGGUAUAAGGUCUAUGAAAAAAACACUACCAAUUUGUUUCACAACAAAUUUCGGGUUACAACAUUUUUGUAACAUAACCAUAAAAAAGGCACGUUAUCGUCUGUCUUGAUAUGCAGCAAUGCAACUCUCACUUCCCCGCGACAUUAGAUAUCAUAAUAUGCCCCAUAUUAAAUCUUCAGGUCGUGCUCUUCCCAAAAAAAGAAUGCGAUCUGUCAUGGAGUCAAUAUAAACAGUAUAGGUAAUUUUUUUUUCUAUACUAUCCUAUCUACAUUUUAUUAUCUAAUGUCUAUGAAAAUGAACAAAUAAUUUGUCUUGAAUUUGUUCACUAUUCAAAAAAGCUUAGUGGAAACAAAUUGUAUCGAUUGUAUACGUGCGAGCGGCUAACCACCUACGUGGUAACUGGUAACUGUUUACAAUAAAAUAUUAUUUUCAGUAUUUUCACAGUAUGCAAUAUUAAUUAUUAAUUAUCUUACUGUUUCCUGGCUGAUAGACUUCAACAUACAUGAAAUUAUUUAAUUGUGUUAUUUUGAAUAAGAAUUUCUUUUGAAAUUGUUCUUAGGGACUGGCCAAUUAUUUUAAAUUUAUACUAUAUUAUAUAACCAUAAUUAAGUCAUAUAAUAUAUUUAUACAUAUAUUUUUUUUUAAACUUAAAAGUACCUGUACUAAAUGUUAUCCAUCCGUUAUUUUUUAAAAACCUUAUUGCCCUUAAAUUCAGGUAUUUAAUUAUUACCUACUUAUAGGUAUUAAUACUUAUUUAAUAUGAAUUAAGAUACAUUCACACUGUUGGGAUAUACGGUACGAUGAUAGUAAUUAUAAAAUUUGCUCACGGUUUUAUUUAACACUAUUUUAUUAUUGUCAUACUAUUUAUCACAGCAGCAUUGAAUGUGAAUACCUUACAAUUGUAUAAUUAUUUAAUUUAAUAAAAAUUUUAAUUUUAUAGUCUGUAAUAGGUCAUAUUGUACAGCAACUCUAAUCUUAAGCCGCACAAUGGUAUCUGACCCAAUCAUAACUAAAAAACAUCAAAUUCCUGAGGAUGAUGAGAAUGUUAUUUCUAAAAGGCAAUGUGUAGAACCUAGAAUUAAAAGGAAAAAAUGUGCUUUAUUAUUGGCAUACUCUGGACUAGGAUACUUUGGCUUACAAAGGUAAAUAUUUUACAUUGGAUUAAUUAUUCAAUAUAUAUCAAUAUUUCUUGUAGAAAUAAGGGGACAAACACAGUUGAAGAAGAACUGUUAAAAGCAUUAAAAUCUAAUAACUUAAUUACUGAUGAAGGUUUUGAACAGAUUCAAACAGUGCAUUUUCAGCGAGCUGCUAGAACUGACAAAGGAGUAUCUGCACUUCGACAAAUAAUUUCACUUUUAUUACGUAAGUUGUUUUCAAUUAAAUAUUGGUAAUUUAUAUAUAGAAAUAAAUAAAUUAAUGCAUCUUAUGAUACGAACAAAUAUAUGAAGAAAUACACAGACCAAAAAUUAUACAAAUUGAUCAUUAUUUUACAUAGAAAUAUUUAUUUAAAAUGAGUUAUCAAUAGACAUAGGUGUAGAUAUGUUACAGACAUAUUAUUUUAAUAUUUCAUACUAUAAUAGAUAACAACAGUAUUUGGAAGUUGUAUUUUAUUUUUUAUUUAAUACGUUUAUGAAUUUUUUUAAUAGUAUUUAAAUUGAAAUUGUUGUUUUUAUAGGCUAUAUUAUAGAUAAUAUUGAGCUCGUGUUGAUAAUUAUGUUUAUUUAAUGGAAUGCUUUAAAAUCCUGUAGAAUGUUAAAUUAAGAAAUAGUAUUUUUUGAGAAUAAAGAUAAUUAGAAUCAUGUAGUAUUAUAGCAUUAGUUUCAGCAGGUUUCCUGUAAACAUGAGCUCAAUAUUAUCUUUAAUAUAGUUCAUAAAAAUAAUUUAAAUUUAAAAACUAUUAAAAAAAUUAAAGAAUUAAAGAAAAAAUAAAACUCAACUCGCCAAAUAAUGUUGUUAACUAUUGUACUAUGAAGUAUCAAAAAUAUAUUUUGUUUUCUUAUAGAAUUUGCUAAAAUUCUGAACAAUAUUACAAAUAAUGUAAAACACUAAUAAUAAUUUAAUCAAACAUAAACAAUAGUACAAAAAACUUCACCAAAAAUUCCCCCUCUUUUGAAAAUGUUGGUAUACAUAAACAUAAAUGUAACUGUAAUAAAUUGUAUAUAGUUAAAACAAUAAGCAAUUUUAAAAUAAUAUAUAAAGAUCACAUUUCUGAAAUAAAAUUUAAAAAUACUGUCCCUAAUUCAAAUUUUACUAAACAUGAUGUUUUAUAAAAUAACCAUAAUAUAAGUUUUUAUAUGAAUAUAAACUUAAAAAUAUUAAAUAGCCAAAAUAACAUUUAUAUUAAUUCAGUUUUAAAAGAACUACACAUACAUAAUGAAUAAAGAAAAAUAUUUUAAAUUUACAAACCGAUUUUUAAAAAUAAUGUAAUAUAUUAAUACAUUUUAGAUAAUAUAUAAUAACCAAAUAAUUUAUAUUUCUUAUCAUAUUUAUUUCCAAUAAUAACUCAUUUUUAAUAAUCUCUCUAAAUUAAAUUAUUUCUAUGUAAAAUGACCAAUUUGUAUAAUUUUUCCUCUGUGUAUUCCUUCAUUUAUUUUUUUGUAUUCAGUGACAUUUUACUUUUCGACUUUGUGAUUUACCUGAUGAAUUUUUCAAUUGAAACCGGUCGUAUAAUAUGCAUAUCUUACUACUCCAAAUAACACAUUAAUUUAUUUAUUUCUAUAUAUUAAUUAUUUAUUUAUAUAUUUAUUUACGCAUAUUAACCAUUUAAUAAUUUUGUUUUUACUUUUAUUAUUUUAUUUAAUAUAGGUAUUGAUAAACUGGUCACUUAAUUAAUGUAUUCUAAUAAGUACUUAGGUACCCAAUCAAAAUAAGUAUUUUCUUUUAAUUUAACAAUUGUUUUCAAUAGAAGUUUAUUUAAAUAUAUUAUUUUUUUCAAAUUGCAUGGUUUUAAAUAUUGAUUCUGAUGUUCUUUUUAAAAACAGCUGCUUGUAGUUACUUUUUUAAUUAAAAUUAAAAUAACCUUAGGAAAAAUGAUGAAAUUUGUAAUUUUUCCAAAAGUGCUUGUAAUUUUUUUUAUGGUUUGUUCCGAAAAGUAAUAACUUCAAAAAUUUGUUUUUAAAAUAUUUUAGAAACCAGUAUCUCAACAAUUUUACAUUUCUUUUAAUUAAUUUUUUAUUUUUCCUGUCACUCUUAUUUUAGGGGGUGUAACUACUACUUGCUCUUGAUUUUCAAAUAGCAACCUAUAUUGAAAAUUCAUAAAUAGAUGAAAAUUGUAUUUAAAUAAAUUUUGGUGUUGGAAUUAUUAUUUUUUGUCAAUCCAUUGAUGAAAUAUUCCGCUUUUAAUUUUGGAUAAGAGAAGAAUAGUUGAAAUUAAAAAUGUUAACACCAAAAUUUAUUGUAACUUAAAUUUUACCUAUUUUUGAUAUAGAUUAAUAUUUAAAAAUUAAGUCAUUACCCCAAAAAAUAACAGUAUUUAUUAUUAACAUUUUUGAGUUAUUUGUUUCUUAAAAUUUAUAAAACACAAAUUCUGGAAAAUGUUCAUACUUUCUGAUAUAAUGAUUGUCUUACUUUAAGUUUAUCAGCCUGUGUAUAGUUAAAUAAUUAGUUAUAUACCUAGAAUGUAUUAAUUUUUUUACAUAAGCAACUUAUAAGACGAACAUUAAUGUGUGAAUAUGUUAAACUUUUUAAGAAUGAUUUAUAUUGUUAAACAUUUUUAUUUUGAAAUAAUGUUUCAUUUAAUAUAUUCCUGAUUUGUGAAUAACUUUUGAUAUUGAAUUUGAUUUAUUAAUUACUUGUAUUUUAUUGACUAUUUUAGCUGAAGAAGUAAAUAAAGAUGUAAUUAAUUCUGCUUUACCUGAGCAGAUUAGAGUACUGGAUAUCAGAAGAGUAACCAAAGGUUUUAACAGUAAAAAUUCAUGUGAUGGACGAACAUAUUCAUAUACUUGUCCAACAUUUGCUUUUGCUCCAUCGGAAACUCCUAUUGACUUCAACUAUCGCAUUGAUUCUACUGUUAUUGAUAGAAUAAAUGAAGUUAUAAAGAGUUUCUUAGGGUGUCACAACUAUCACAAUUACACUUCUAAGAAGUAAGUUUUAAUAGUAAUAAAUAAAUAAUAUUUUGAGUGAUUGGUUCAAACAUUUAUAUCAGAAAUUAUAAAUUUGACUUGGAAAAUGUUGAUAUUUAGAAAACCGGGUGAUCCAAGUGCAUAUAGGUACAUGGUCAGUUUUCACUGUGAUAAACCAUUUGAACAAGAUGGAGUUGAAUUAAUAUCAUUAUAUGUUAGAGGUAAUAUUUAUAGUACUAUUUUUUGUUAAAUAUAUUUUUUUUUAUUUUUAUUUUUCUCAGGACAAAGUUUUAUGCUUCAUCAGAUUCGUAAAAUGGUUGGUGUUAUUAUUGCUAUUUGUCGAGGUGUAGCUAAACAUGAUGUGAUAGAACGAUCAUGGAAUCAUGAUCGUCUUGAUUUACCUAUUGCUCCAGGUUUAGGCUUGGUUUUAGAAGAAGUUCAUUAUGAUAAGUACAAUGCAAAAUUUGGUAACGAUGGUAUGCAUGAGCGUUUAGAUUUCAUUGAGCUCAAUGAUCAAGUAGCUGCCUUCAGAGUUAAAUAUAUAUUGCCUACCAUAAUCAAAGUAGAAAAAGAAGAAAGCUCGUAUCCUUUAAAAGAAAUAGUUUAAAACAUUAAAUUUAAGUAUUUUUUAAAAUUUACAAUAUAUCAUACAGUUAAUACUUAUCUAAUAUUAUACAUACUAUUUUCAUAAAAAUUAAUGUAUAAUGUACAGUCAUAUCUAUGGCACGUAGUGGUCUUAAAUUUUGGACAAAGGUGGAUAGGUAGGAAAAAGACAAGAUCUCAACCUUUUAAAUGUUCGACUUGAAUUUUUUUUUUCCGUUUAUUAUACAAUUAAUAAAAAUAUUUUAUGGUUACCUGUAUGAUGGAACUUUAUUUUAUUUAAUCAUACUUGAUAAAUAAUAAAUAUACCUUAGUUCUGAAUUACUAGUAUGCAGUUAUGGCUUGAACAACUACCAUUACAUACUUUUGAAGUACGUACAGAAUACCGUCAUGUGCGAACAGAUGUUAAUGAUACAAAUACUCCAGAAUUAACAACAUUACAGGCAGCUGCUGAAUUAGUAAAAAAAGAAGAACAAACGGUUACAGAUUCAAAUAGAGAAAUUAAGCAUGAUAAUCUUUCAACAUUUGCAGGAGCUGCUCAAGCAAUCGAAUCGGAAAAAAAUUAAUUUUUAAGUUUACAGAUAAAAUAAUAACUAUUAUUAUGUAGAUUUCAAUAUUGUUUGUAUUUAAAUUAAAGAAAACAAAGUCUAUCUGUAAUUUUACAAUAUUUAAAUAGUUUUAAAGAAUACCAUUCAUAAAUCAUAUUUUAAUAAAAAUGUUAUUGACUUUGGGUAUUGCCUAAUGAUAAUUGAAAUAAUAAUGUACUGUAAUUGUGAAAUGUAUUUAUAAAAUUAUACUCGGUGAUAGAUGUUUUGAUGACAUCCUUUAAUUUUUGAAUUAAAUAUUUGUAGUGCUUUUAUAGUGAAUGAAAUCUAUUCCAUAUACCAUUUAUAUUAUCUUCAAAAUGUAUACUAUUAUUAUUUUAAGAAUAUUAAUUGUUCAUCAAUUUCAAUUGGCGAAAUUAAAUUAAUUUUAUCCAAAUCAAUGAAUAUGAACAGUUAAUUAAAUUAUAAUAUAAUAUAUGUAUGAUUCAAAAUUGUGAUAUCUGAAAUUAGGGGUGCUUUUGAAAUUUUUUCUGGUGGGAGGGGAUAACUAAAAAUACAUUUAACACACAAAAAAUAUUUACCCAAUAAGUAUUAAUAGUAUUAAUUUUAAUUAACAACAUGAACCUAUGUUUUAAUCAGCAAGAAAGUUUAAGUAGAAUUUAAAAUUUUAUAACAAAUAUACUUUUUGUAGUCUAAACCUAUAAUUGUUUUCUUGUAUUAUUUAAGUAUUAAUAUUUUAUAAAAAAGAAAAAAAGAUCAAAUAACAUAAUACAUUUAAAAGUAUUUAAAUUAUUUUUUUUUUGCCAUAUUUAUAUUUUAAAUGUUUUAAGAAAUAUUCAUUGCUUGAGAGAUUAAAUAUGGGUAUAUUGUUUAGUUAAUUUUAUUUAAUUUGGUUCUUUUUAAAAUAUCACACUGCAUAAUUUGUACUUAAAUACAAUUUUAAGUCUUAUAUGAAAAUGUGAUUAAUAAUUUUUUAAUAUUAAAGUAUGUAGAUAAUAAUUGAAGAUGUUAGUUUUAAAUCUAAACAUUUUGAAAAUUGUGUUUGUUAAUUUUAUAAUGAUACAAAUUGAUUAUAGUAUAAUUUAUUCCAUAAUCAAUAUAAUUCUUAACAAUUUAUUAAUUAUUAGUAAUAACACUUUCAAAUUGUAAUUAAUUAAAUUGAUAAAACACUCACUAUAGGAAUUAUAGGAUUCCAUUUAGUUUUAUUAUUUAUUAUUUAAAACGUCAUAAAAUUACUUAAAAAAUAAGAACAAAGUGAAAUGUGUUUACUAAUUAUUUAUUUAUUUUUAUCUACUGUAAAUAAUGUAUGUGUGUAUCUUCUUUGAAC